CGACGACGGUUAUAUUCUCAGUUCCCUCACUUUCUUCAUAACCGUCCUUCCAUGGUGUUGAGUUUGACUUUACUUUGGGUGGGAACAUGGGAUUGUCAGUUGCAUUUUCGAUCGGUGUGUGUUUUUAAAUGGAUGAAUUAUUGCGAGUGGAAUGGGGGAGGAACAUACUGUUUUUUUUCCAAACAAAUCACGAGUGAAGCAUUUUCCUUUUGACACAACCUUCUCCGCUUUUGUAAAUCACCUGCUCCCUCGUUCCAUUUCUCUCAGCCCCUGCAAUAAAAAAAAUGAUGAGGAGAACGAAAGAAAAAGGGUAAUGACUGGCGUGUUACUUGGAUGUAAUAAUAAAUAGGAAACGGGAUGGAGCCGAAAGCUAUUUUUUUUUUUUUUGAAAUAUUACUGGACCACUGAGAAACUGCAGUAUAAUUUCCUGUAAUAACUGCCAGUGACUGGAAAAAUGAGGAAAGCUAAACUUUUCAAAGGAACUCUAAUGACUGGAUGCCAUACUGGGAGACCAGAGCUGUUGUUUGAGGUGGAUUGCAAGUUACACCAGAGGCUACCAGGCUCCUCAAGGUUCACGAUUGUGAUUGUGUUGUCUUACAUUGUUCUUGGAAUUCUCAGCACGUUUCUGUUUCCACAUUCUUUGAAUGAUGAUAUAUGGAGCUUAUACAUUGUGAAUGUUGAAAAAAUAGAGAAUGCCCAGAGAUAUGCUGCAAAGGUGUUAGGGCAAAAAUGUCGUAAGUCUUAUGUCCAGCAAGAGAUGAAUAUUUUGUUUCCUCAAAAAUAUGACAUCAACAUGCGUCCUUUCCUGGACAGGAAUUCCAUUUUACGAGAAUCUGUAUUCAAGUAUACUACUCCAUUUGGUUUUAACACUCACCAAAAUCGUCUUCACCAGAUCAUGGAUGUCAUGCCCACAAUAUCUCUCCCAGAAGAACUAGAAAGUGAAAGCUGCAAGCGCUGUAUUGUCUUGGGAAAUGGUGGAAUAUUGCGAGGAUUAGGUCUUGGACCAUAUUUGAAUAGAUUUGAUGUUGUUAUCAGGUUGAACAAUGCACCAAUCCAAGGAUUCACUGACGAUGUCGGUAACAAAACCACUAUAAGAAUGAGCUACCCAGAGGGAGCACCAAAAUCUCAGUUUGAGUACGAUCCUUAUAUGCUGUUUGUUGCUGUAAUGUACAAGGGAGUAGAUUUCAGCUGGCUGAAGGCCAUGAUUAAAAAGGAAAGAGUGUCAUUUUGGGAAAGAAUUUGGUUUUGGCAGAAAGUUACGGAGGAAUUACCAAUUAAACCAACACAAUUUCGAAUUCUGAAUCCUGAAAUUAUCCGCGAAACAGCUCUGGAUCUACUGCAGUUACCUGAACCUCGAUCAAAACUCUGGGGUUGGCACCAGAAUAUUCCUACAUUGGGAGUCAGCGCUGUUGUUCUGGCUACACAUUUAUGUGAUGAAGUCAGCUUGGCAGGAUUUGGAUACAACCUUAGCCAACCACAAAUACCAUUGCAUUACUAUGAAAAUGUCCAGAUGCAAGCUAUGAAGGCCCAAACUAUGCACAAUGUGGAAACUGAGAGAAAUUUCCUUGAAGACUUGGUUAAAGCUGGUAUUGUGACAGACCUUAGUGGAGGAAUUCACUGCAAAUUCUGUAAUAAGUUGGCAAGCACAGCUUCUGAAAGUUUGCAAUUCUUUUCAAAAUGAACAAGUGGUCUUCAGAGUAAAUAUCAUUUGAAGCAAGGCCUUUUUGGCAAAUCCAUUGGUUAAUGUUGCAGUGCUAAAUGAUCCUACCGAAGUCUUUUGCAGGAAUUAUUUUUCUCAAUUGUACAUCAAACAUGCAGCAAGUGUAAAUUUGAAAAGAAGGUAUGUGAUCCACUGAAUUAAUAUGGUAAUUGAGCUAAACUGGAAUCAUGAAUGUCACUGAAGCUUUUGAUGGAAUGUAUAAUAUUCUAAGCUUGGAGUAUUUGUUAAAUUGAAAUUUUCAUUUGCUUACUGCACAUGAUACUCUCAUGUAUCAAUUUUUAAAAAAUAUAUUCCUUGGAUGUCACUGGAUGGUAAACUCUAUUCAGUAUUAAGGUGAUGUUAAUUUGAAUAUUUCAAUAAUGAAGUUGGUAAUUUGCAAAACAGAUAUUUUGAACAUAAUCCUAAUGAUCAUUCUAGAAAAAGGCAUCUCUGCCUUGGAAAGUACAAACCAAUUUACAUUUUGUCAUACUGCAUACUUGAUAUAUAUUAGAGGAUUGAAACAGUAAUUCUAAAUGAUGUAGAAGAGAAAUCUUCAGAAUUCACUGUUUGGUAGCCAUUCCCUUCAUUUGCUUUUUUGUGCAGUACUGUUUUCCUUUUUACCACUCCAACUGUAAUGUUUGUUCAUUCAGGAUUUUCUGGAAAUAAUGCACUCAUGUCAUGUGUUGUACUCUCGCAGUUGGUUAUUUCUGCCAUUUGCAAAAAUCACCACCUGCGAUAUUCUCUGGGAAAGCAUUUCCUCUGGAUUUGGAGUCUUGCUUGUUGAUAGGACUAUAGUAAUUUAUGAUUCAGAUUUUCUUACAAAAAAUGCUAUGGUGAUGAUAAUGCACUUCCAUAAUAGUGUAAAAGAACUUGUGGUAAACUAAUAGCUCAUUUUAUAUCUUGUUUGAUUUUUCUUUUAAAGAGCGUCAGGUGUGUAACAGAUUACAGAUUCACUGACCACCAUUUCACACCUCUAAAAACUCAUUCCAAGUUUUUAUUACUGAGAAAAUUUGAGAGUUUACUGAAGACAUUUUGGUGAUUGGUGAUCAGUGUGUAGAAUAUAAGGUGACGUAAAAUUCUGCCUCUGCAGAACUGUCAGUUAAUAAUGUAGUUAGUUGCAGACAUGUUUUCUAACUUUUUGCUUCUAUUUAUUACUGUAAAAUAAAACCAUACUUGUCUACAUAUUCCUAUUUUUAUAUGUACAGAUAGUCACUUGACCAGCUUAACAGAUGUCAAACUUGUGGAGUCUUACUGAUUACAGCAUAUUCUUUUAAAAUUUUGUACUGGAAAUAUUAAUUGUUAAUUUCUUCAGGUGGAAAUAUGUGAUUACAUUUUAAAUAUUUCAGCUUAGAGAAACAAUUUUGGAUAACCUGGUUUAUUAACUGUUGCCAUGGCAAAUAUCUUUUCUCUUUAUUUGUAGGAUUUUUAAAAAAUGCCUCAGCUGCAAUUAAAUUCUGGUCUGUUUGAGAGAACUUGCUUAAAUAUGAGUAUGGUAAGGCUUAAAAUGUUAUUGCUUUGCUCAAUAAAGCAUUUUUUUUUCUUCCCCUUGAAAUUAGCCAAAAAAGAUGUUGCAUUCACCUUUUUGCUAAUAUAGAUAAAUGAAAGAUAAUGUAUUGAAAGUAACUUUUAGAAUUACUGUUGUUAUUGAAAUUUACAGAUAUUUACCAUGGCAGCAAUGUUAUCACUGGAAUUAAUAACAUAUAGAAAGCUGACCAAUGAUCUGAAAUAUUUCGUAAAGUGACAAUUAACUGACAUUUGGCCUAAAAUUUGUAUGGAAACAAGGAAAAGUGUAUUUGAAGAGAAAUCAUUGUAAAAUCUGAAAAGGUUUCAUCUUUACAACAGUACAAUUACGACCAAAGGUGGAGAAUUUUGUUCCAGCAUUGCACUAUGUUUUAUUCUGUUUAAAUUAAUUAUUGUACAUUGUUCAUUCCUUUUACUUUUGUAAUGACAUGCAAAAUGUUAUUUCAAGGUUGUCUAUUCAGCCUGUUGUGUUUAUAGGCAAUCUUUUUCUAUGAAGAUUUCAUCAACAAGCAAACAACCUGAGCCACCAGAAGAAUUAGAUAAAAUAAUAAUGCCGUUUAGGGAGAUUUACAAAACUUACUUCGUAGUAAUUAAAGCAAAACACUGUGGAUGUUGAAAAUCUGAAACAAACAAAAGAUGCUGAUGAAACUCAGCAAGUUUGGCACCAUCUGGCAGAUAAAUAAUUAAUGUUUUGAGUCUGGUAUGAUUUUGUCAAUUCUGACACAGAAGCUACAAGAUCUGCAUUUCUCCAGAGUUCCCGAAUGUGUUUGAACCAUCCAGUGUUUGUUUUUAUUAUAUAUUUAAUACAUUUGCCAAGUGGGUGCUACUGACACAGCUUCAGUCGCGAAGGGAUCCUAUCGUGAUGUAAAAUUACAUAAGGAUUUCCUGUCUGGUUCCUAUUGUGCCAUGCUAAUUUGUAAAAUCUACCUCCUUGUGUAACUUUGGCAGAGAAGGCCUACUGAUUGGGAUUAAUAAAAUAUUAUUACAAA